AUGAGAAAUGGGUUUUGCGUGUAUGACACGAGGGGAUUCGAUUGUAAUGAAAUGAGCGAAGGUCAUGAGGAGUUUUCAGGAUGGAUGGUUGAUGGAGUUCGCCAUAACCAGGCCUGUUGCAGAAGAAGAGAUGAAAAGCUCAGUGGAUGUGAUGGUGUCAUGGCUGCUCCAUCAAUGGGGCCAGCAUUAUCCCAGACAAGGUUUUGUAAGAGACGAGUCAACUGUGUGAUGGUUCUGGCUAACUUGGAAGAGAUUUACAAGGCCUUUAAUUCUGGUGAUUUGAAGCCAUUAGAGGCCACAAGAGACCUCUUCCACUGCCCUUCCAUGAGGAAAUCCAAUGAGAACCCUAUCCUGAUACUAACACAUGGAGAUAGGUUAACCACUGAUGAGAGGAUCAACGGCCGGCUGAUAAUAUGUGAAUAUCUGGGUGUAUCAGAGACUACAGGUGCAUAUGAUAUACAAUGUCUAACAGAGCAGGGAAUACUACCGGAGGAAUCAGACCCAAUUACUGCAUUUGCCAUAAUUGAAGCUCUUUAUAGGGCAUUGAUGCAAUCAGACAGGACCCAUCUUCCCAAGAGAAAGCCUAUAGACUGGGUAAUGCUCUGUGUGUCAUGGUUCAUGUGCUGCCUUGGUUCCUUCUUUGCCAUGCUUGCACUGCUCUUCUCUAAACUGGGUCGUAAAAAUGAACUGAAGAUGUGA